GUGCGUCGCUAUUGAAAAACGUGUGGCCGUCAGCUUGUACAAGCUGUGCUCGUGCGCGGAGGACAGAGCAGUUGCGGACAUCUUUGGCAUAGGUCGUUCCACUGUGAACGUCAUAUACAGGGAAUUUUGCGCCACAGUUGUUGCUACCCUCGAAAAGGAAUGGGUAAAAAUGCCUUCGCCGGACGAGAUGCCAGCUCACGUAAAGGAAUUCCAGGCAGCGUGUGACUUCCCGCAAGGUGUCGGGGCCCUGGACGGCUGCCACAUACCAGUAUCGCCGCCAAAGGAGCACGCCAGUGAUUAUUACAACUAUAAAGGCUGGUACAGCAUCAUAUUGCUUGCCCUGGUAGAUCAUAAGUACCUGUUCAGGUACGUAAAUGUCGGAUCACCAGGGCGCUGUCACGAUGCAUAUGUGUACCGGCAGUCUGCAUUGGCCGAUAUGGUUGAGGGACCAUUGUUCCAAGCGCCAGCAGCAAGAAUCAACGGAGUUGUUGUGCCACCAUUGAUCCUGUGCGACCAGGCAUUUCCGCUUACUGCUAACCUAAUGAAGCCCUUCAAGAGUUUCGGAGAGAACACUAGACACAGAUCAUACAAUUACAAUUUGUCAAGGUCCCGGAGGAUUGUAGAAAACGCCUUUGGGAGGCUUAAAGCUAGAUUCAGGCUUGUGCUCAAAAAAAUGGAUGCAGACAUUGGGAAUGUCCCGAUGAUCAUAAGGGCAUGUUGUGUGCUGCACAAUAUAUGUGAGCACUUUUCAGACGCUCUUCCACAGCAGUGGCUGCACGAGUCUGAGAUUGAAAGCAUGCUCUAUGUGCAACCAGACCAUUGUACAGAUGUGCAAGUUGGAAGCGGACCAGAUGUUAGAGGAGCCCUUGUAGAAUAUUAUCGCCAGAGUGAAUGUCACUGAAGUUUGUGAUGUAGUGCCAUACGCUGGUGAAUGGCCACCUAUCUAC